AUGACAGCCAAAGACACAACAGUCGAAGUCCCAGCCUGCAUCUAUGCAGAUGCCGCACCUCCCCAAUGCUCCUUUGAUAGUCUCGUCAUCGUCAUCGUCGGCCGUGCGCAUAACAAGAAAGAAUUUCAAGUCCAUCGCGGCCUGCUAAGCCAUUACUCGAUCUUCUUCGAGCACAUCCUACGCGAUAAAUCGGAAAAUGAGAUAGCAAUGCCGGCUGAGGACCCCGAGGUGUUCGAUACCAUCACGUACUGGAUGUAUACCUCCCGAUUGUGGGGGCCUGGCACGAUCAAAGACGGUAAAAUACCUUUGACGGUCGCACGGAUCCUACAGCUCUACUUUUUCGCCGGAGCGAAGGGCAUCGAGGCUCUACAGAACGCGACCAUGACGCUCCUGUAUCAAAAAAUCGUGCAAGACUGGGAGACGCCUAUUCAAUUUGCGUCUAUCAUCUAUGCUAGGACAGUGCCUGACUCUCCGCUGAGGAGGUUCCUCGUCGAUUUUAUGGCGGAAGCAUGGAGCUUCAGUACGCUGGAGACGUACCGGACGACCAUACCGAAGGACUUCCUGAUCGACCUGUUGAUAGCUUUGACGAGGCUACGGAAGGCACCUGGUAUAGGCGUUGUUAAAGCAAAAUGGGUCCAGGAUUCAAAUAAGGGAUUCUGUGAGAAGUAUCAUUCUCAUGGAGAGCAGGCGUAG